GAAAGUACGCGCAACUCGCAGUUCAAAAAAUUAAAAUCGAAAUAAAUGUGACUUAUUUAUAGGCGAAAAUAAUUAAAAUUCAGCAUGGAAUGUUCGUCAAAUUUGUUGUGGUUUUUUCAAAUUUUCCUAUUAACCACAAAAGUAUACGCCGCGGUGUCCACUCCAUUGCCAGCAAAAAGCGGAGCUUACAACAAGGCAGCAGCUGAAAAUGAGAGUGGAAAAGCCAAAGUGAGCAACUAUUUUCUGCACGAGCCCUACGGUCCCAACACCUACGCCUUUGGCUACGAAGUCGAUGAUCCGCAGACGAAAAACUCCCAGUUCCGAGAAGAAAAACGCUUCGCGAAUGGCAGUAUCCAGGGGAGCUAUGGGUACGCUAGGCCUGAUGGACGCAUUGAGGUCACCAAGUAUAGAGCGAAUGAGGAUGGGGGAUACUCUGCUCAGAUUGAGACUUUCAAAGCGGGGGAUGAGAGGGUACAGGCAGUUUGGCCUACCGAAAGACCCGAUAUUCUUGUAGAAAGAAGCAAAACAGAGUCCCCUUCAAAUGUGACUUGGGAUCCUAAGAGUCAUCUCAAUGUGAGUGUUUCCCAUGUGGCAGAUCAUGUGGCCCAACAGCUAAAGGAGCAGCAUGGACUCGAUCUGAACCACAUCGAUGUGACCAAGGACUUACUAAAGCCAGCGGUGCUCGAUGUGAUCCAGGGCAAGGCCCCAGCCAAGGGUCUGCCGGUUCAGAAUCUAAUACCCCAGCAGUUUCCCAUAGCUCCAUUUCAACUGCCAGCGGAUCAAGCAACCGCCAAGGCCACCACUGCAGAGCCCCAGAAAACCGAAAGUUCAAAAUACAACCGAGCCAAAACCAACAAUGCCGAGAAGGCUCCCCAAGUUGAGGAGACGGAGGCAAGCUUACCACCGCCCAGGCCACUGGUCAAUAGCAGUCCCAGCACUGCAAAUUGGCAACAGCGAACCAUUGAGGCAAAUCGCCGUGAAUUCCUGGCAAAUUUACCCAACCUGAGUGGGGCCAGGCUGGAGUAAAUGUCUGAAAAUGUUUCACCAGGCCAAAUGCUUAAAAGUGUUUCACCAAGAAAACUAAAGAGGAGGGUCUGUUACCCAAAUUACACAGAGAAAAGCUAUAGUUAAAUUUUUCUUUGAAUUA